AUGAGUAAUUCUGAGCUUUUGGACGAUUUAAACGACGAUUUUGGAAGUGAUGUUGAAAGCGAGGUUGAAGUAGACAACGUCUGCGAUUCGUUUGGCGGGUUGGAGCGUUUUUUGAUGGAGUACAAACCCAUUUUGUUGGACGAGAUUAACCCUGAAAACAUCGGGAACGUUUCACAGAUAUUUGAACAUAGGGAGCUCUUCGAGAAUUUGAUGCAAGAAACGGCCGAUAGCUCAUCUGCUCUGUUGCUGAGUAAAACACAGCCGUUGGUUCAACAGGAUAUUGACUCGUUGCACGCAUUUCUGAGAGGAGUUUACGAAGAGACUUUUCCUGAGCUGCAGUCCAUUGUAACGUCGGCUGAAACCUACGCUCGUGUCAUCAAGAUUUUGGAACAUUCGCAGGGUGUUCCAGACACUGAACAACUUCAAGAGGUUGUUAGCCGAGAACAAAUGCUUGUUUUGUCAAUGGCUAUACAAACAGGCUACAAAAACCCCAGAUCGCAGUCGAGCGACCAGUCAUUUGCACUUGCCAGAAGUAUCGAAGUGCUUUUAGAGCUUUGCAAUCUACAGCAGAGGAUAAAAAAUUUUGUGGCCUCGCUGAUUUCGCAAACAGCACCCAAUCUGUGUGCCCUUGUAGGUUCAGAGACAGCUGCUGCCCUGAUAGAUACAGCGGGUGGGAUUCAAACGUUGAGUGAGACACCGAGCUGCAAUAUUGCCUCCAUGGGUAAAAGCAGGUUUGUGGGACACAAGUCAGCCGUCGACCAAAGCGGUGUGAGACAAAAAGGGUUCGUUUUCCAUUGUCCCUUGGUCUCAGAACAGCCGGUCGCGGUGCGAAAACAGGCGCUCAAAAUGACGUGCGCUAAGGUUUCGCUUUGUGCGCGAGUCGACACCUCGAAAUCGAGCCAAGACGGCAGUCUGGGAUCGGAAUGGCGAAAGGACAUUUUACACAAGCUUCAAAACAUACAAGAACCGCCCAAGCUUUCCAAUGUCAAAGCCCUGCCUAUUCCCGAGGACAAACCCAAGAAAAAGCGCGCUGGUCGCAGAUUCCGCAAAUACAAAGAACAGUUCCAAUUAUCUCAUGCUCGGCAACUACAAAACAGAAUGGAAUUCGGCAAGCAGGAAUCAUCUGUUGUCGAUAUUUUCGGAGAGGAAGUUGGCAUGGGUAUGGCGAGCACACUGCGAGCUCCAAAUUCGGCGCCUACCAAAAGAACUGCCAAGCUCAGAGCCACAAUGCAACGAAGGCUCGCUGCAGUGAAUCAAGAUACGCAUAACUUUUUCGCCACGGGCUACGAUCAAUCGAACGUAUUGAAAGCACCCAGUGAUGAGUCUACAAAUAACACCAAGACACAAGACAAAAAUACAAAAAGAAGACAAACACAGGCGAGUGGUACAUGA